UAAUUAAAUUUGACAAUCUUUAAUACAGUGGUUAAACAAGAUAAUGCAGUUAAGCGUCCUUGUGCUUGUUCUGUUUUGUUUGUGUUUGUCUGUAUAUGGAAAGAACAAACAUGAGGGUAGUAUCAAGCAUGAUGAUCCAAUGUUGAACACUGAGACACCAAACUACAAAGAAUAUUGUGUUAUUGGUGCUGGACCUGGUGGACUUCAAAUCGCUUAUUUCCUUGAGAAUGCUGGCAGAGAUUAUCUUGUAUUCGAAAAAGGAUAUGGAGCUGGUACUUUCUACUUGAAGUAUCCAAUUCAUCGACAACUGAUCAGCAUCAACAAGAGAAACACCGGUAAAACAAACAAGGAAUUCAACUUUAGACACGAUUGGAAUUCACUUGUCAGUCAUGAUGAGUCUCUGCAGAUUACUAAAUAUUCGGAGGAGUUUUUUCCACCAGCAGAUGUGCUUGUACAAUACUUGAACGAUUAUGCCACGAAACUGAACCUGAAAGUUCAAUACAACUCAACCAUGCAUGAUAUCUUGAAACGAAAAGAUGGUUUAUUCCAAAUGUGGGAUCAACAUAACAACGCAUAUACUUGUAAAUACAUGAUUAUUGCAACUGGAAUAGCAAAGCCAAAUAGACCAGAUUUUCCAGGACAUGAAUUGAUGACCGGGUAUGAAGAUCUUCCGUUAAAUCGCUCCGAGUACGAGAAACAAAGUGUUCUCAUCAUUGGUCGUGGCAACGCAGCUCAUGAAACAGCUCAACACAUCAUGGGACACACGAACCUAAUUCAUAUGAUGUCACGCUCCACCACACGGUUGUCAUGGGCAACGCAUUACGUUGGAGAUUUGAGAGCGUUGAACAACGGGAUUCUCGAUACUUACCAACUGAAAUCACUGGAUGGAUUGUUUGAAGGUGAUGUUAGACAACUAGUCUUGGUUCGAAGUCCAGUAGACGGUCGUCUCUACAUUGAAGUGACAAACACAUCCCAAUCAACUCCUGGAAAACCAAAUCUUCCACCAAUUGACAACGACGCCACAAGAGAAGGUUAUGAUCGCGUCAUCAGCUGCAUGGGAUUUAAGUUCGAUUUCUCAAUCUUCCAUCCUUCUUUGAAGGUCAAGGCUGCCGGGAAAGCUCGCAAAAGCAAAUAUCCAAAAGUCAGUUAUAUGUACGAAGCCAUUGGCGUCAGAGAACUUUACUUUGCAGGUACAAACACACACAGCUUGGAUUGGCGUAAAUCAGCUGGUGGGUUCAUCCAUGGCUACAGAUACACAGUACGUACUUUACAUCGGAUCAUGGAAUGGAAACACCAUGGGGUUCAAUGGCCGGCUGUCAAAUUCUCAAACCCACUCGAUCUCGUACCACAUAUGUUGAAAAGAAUCAACGAGGCCUCCGAUAUCUACCAGAUGUUUUCCGUUCUUUGUGAAAUCGUCAUUUUCGGUGAAGACAAUUUAUCCUCCACCUAUCUCGAAGCUUUCCCAUGUGGCCUCAUCAGUCGUCUUGAAAUUGUAUCCGGUCACAAAGUACCAGGAGCAGUGAUGGUGGUUGGUAUGGAGUACGGGAAGAACUUCUCCGGAGCAGGAAAAGACCCGUUCCAUGAAAAUCGUGUUAAUGGUGAAGCUUCCCAAGCUCACUUGUCCAACUUCUUACACCCUGUUGUUUAUUACUACAAGAGGUUGCCAACAGACCAAGAAUACAUCCAAAAACAUAAGAAGUGGAUUCUACCAGUCCCAGAUCGCAACUUCCAUAUUGUUGAAGACUUCACGACCAAAUUCGACGGCUACAACACUCAUGUCUUAACUUUACGGAGGUUCAUAGAAGACACUCUUAAAACUGACUCUCGUCACUGGUUUGCGGACCAUUGCCUCACUCUGUCUCUCACAUCCACCAAGCUCCCAAUUGGAUGCAACUUAACUUCAAUAGAUGGUUCCUCAAGUUUGGCAGCUUUAAGCCAAAUGCUCAAAUCUAACACAAUCCCAGCAAAGUUUCUUCCAUAUGAAAGUCUGAAAUAUUAACUUGUAAAAUAUGUUGGAAUAUAAAAUUGCCCACAGGCAUAAUGGAAUAUAAGAAAUAGCUCUUUUGGUAAAAAUGCUGGUGCAAAAAUAAUGUUUUUACCAAAACAAUUAAAAAAAAAGGAAAAAAAAAUUGUUGGGCUAUGCUUUUAAAAAAAAACCCAAGCAUUCUCUAUAAAGCCAAAAAUGCAUUAUAAAGUUAAACUUUUUACCAAAUUAACUCCUUUUUGCAACUCGGGCCGUUAUAUAAUUUACUUGUAUAUAUUUUGUAAAUGUAGAUUUCAGUUUAUUUGCCAAAUACUCACUGUACAUGGCUGAGCUGUUUUUAUGGGAAAUUUGUAUUUGUAUAAAAGAACACAGAUUCUGUUAUAAUGGGAAUUACCCUUUACUGAGAAGACAGUGUUGUGGGGAUAAAUUAAUGUGAUCUCUAUUAUGCAAAGCAUAAACGGAAAAAUUCUGCGUAGCACAAUUUGUACUUUGAAUCAACUUAUUAACAUACCAAAGUUAAAAGAAAAUACAUUACUUAUAAAGUGGUUAAAUCACCUGUAUAUACCCAUUAUCAUUCCUCAUCCUUUGAAACAAGAUGAUAAAAAUGUUUGUAUUUAUUCUUUCAGCUUGAACCAUUGUUUCUCAACCUUUUGCUAAUCCAAAUAUUAAGUUUAAAAGUUUUUCUUGUACAAAUUUCCAAAAUUGUGUUUUACACAACUUUUUAAAAGCAUAGAAAAAUGAAAACUUACAAAAUGCUUUCGACACCAUUGUAGUAGAAGACCUAACCCAAUUAAAUAAUUUCUAACUUUUUUGGUGGCAAAAAGGAAAUGAGAAGCACUGCUUUCAACUAAAUUUUAACUUUCCAAGUUAAACACAAACAUAAAGAAUCUAAAUUGUGUAAUUUUUUCAAUGCAUUAGCAAGUAUGAUAUUGUUGUUCCGCUGCAGAUUUCACUUAUUUUUAUUAAUGUUGUUUUGUGCCUGAACUGUUGCCAUAAGAGAUUAUUUUGUACAACCUUACGAUCACUUAAUCAUUUUUGUGCAAUGAAUAUAAAAGUAAUUGAACAAUUCAUGCAAUAAUAUCUAUUAUGAUGUCAUCUAUGCUCCGUAUGUUAUGUAAUAGUUACCAAACAAAUUGGAAUUAAUACUUUUAAAUAAACUUGCAAGUAUCAUAAAUCUUUUUAUAAAUUUUUUAUUAAAUGUUCCUGAUUAAAAAUCUUCAAUUUUCUUAAUUUUUAACUAAUUAAUAAAACUAAUUUAGUUUUUGAACUAAAUAUUGAACAAAAAGUAGUUUGUGUUUUAGUUUGAUGUUUCUUUGUAUAAAAUUCAUUUUUUUUUCAUUUUGUUCUCACGGAAAGUAAAAUUAAAGUUAGAAAUGUAUGGAUGUUGUGGUUAUAGAUUUGUGACAAGGUUUACCUGUUAAAAUAAAAAUAUUUUAACUCGU